GCUCUGAUAGCCGGAAACGCAACACUGUCUGCCUGAAUGUUAUUCUGCCGCAAAAUUCCAACAAAGGCUCCCAUUUACAUUCUACGCAGAUUACGAUCACCUGCUCUGUGUCAAUUUAUCUCUACGGCCAUUGACACUUCCAUAAGCAAGCCAUUCUACAUCACUACACCAAUAUUCUAUCCGAACGCAGCUCCGCACAUAGGCCACCUGUACUCACUCGUCACUGCUGAUAUAUUCGCUCGCUUUACGUGCAUCUCUGAGCCGGACCGACUAGUGCACUUCUUGACAGGAACAGACGAACAUGGUUUGAAAAUCCAAAAAGCCGCCAAGGACCGCGGAAUAGAACCUUCUGUACUCUGCGAUGCUCUCAGCGAGCAGUUUCGUAGGCUUGGUACUCGUGCUAACAUCAGUAACACGGUAUUUUUGCGCACGACCGAAGCUAGACAUAGGGAGGCUGUGGAACACGUAUGGCGCGAUCUCGCCGCACAAGAUCUCAUCUAUAAGGGCACAUAUUCUGGAUGGUACUCUAUCUCUGAUGAAUGUUUCUAUACCGACAGUCAGAUCACUCAUCCGCCCUCCUCUCUAACUCCCAUCUCUAUUGAGACUGGCUCUGCAGUUGAGUGGUCCAGCGAGUCAAACUACAAGUUCCGUCUCUCCAGUUUCCGGGACCGUUUGCUAGACUACUACACUUCCAAUCCAAAAUCAAUAUACCCAUCAGCUCACCGAGAAAGGCUAAUACAGACUCUGAAAGACGAACCUCUUGAUGACCUGUCAAUUUCGCGACCACGGGAGAGAUUGAGUUGGGGCAUUCCCGUUCCGGGCGACAUGUCACAUACGAUGUAUGUGUGGUUCGAUGCACUGACAGUGUAUCUCACUGGAGUUGGAUUUCCUGCUGAGCGGCAAGGAUCAGUGUGGCCUCCGAACAUUCAGGUCAUUGGGAAGGAUAUUGUUCGUUUUCAUGCUUUGUACCUGCCCGCUAUGCUCCUUGCGAUGGGAAUGCCGCUCUCGCACACCCUUCUUGCGCAUGCGCACUGGACGGCACAGCAGCGCAAGAUGUCGAAGUCUAUAGGCAAUGUAGCAGAUCCAUUCGACGCCAUGGACACAUGGGGUGUUGAUGCUGUGCGAUUUUACAUGGCACGCGUCGGUGGUCGUUUCAGAGACGAUGUUGACUGGUCCCCUGAACAACUCGAGAAGCAUGCGGACGAAAUCCGUAGUUUGCUCGGCAACUUCUUCUUGCGUAUCACGUCUAGGACAAUCCGGAAACGUGUAGCGUCUGCGCCUCAAUUCACGUUCGUUCAGCUCCUUGAUCAGUCCCUCGAUGGCCCCAACGGAAGAGUCGAGCAAUGUAUGGAGAAGUUUGAGGUGGGAGAUGCGCUCGAUGCAAUCAUCCUUGUCCUCAGGGAGGUACGCAGCUUGUUCAUUUCGUGUUCGACCCUCCUGACGAGAUUCAAAGGCGAACGGUGCAUUAACACACACUGCGCCCUGGUCGACGCAAAAUCCCUCCUGAUGCUGCGCGAGUUUCUACGGGUCACUGGUAUAUGCUUACAACCCUUCAUUCCUGAGGCUGCACAUAAUCUGUUGGAUGCAUUGGGUGUUCCGAAGGCAGAACGGAGCAUGGAUUUUACAGCUGUGGGUAAGGGCAAUGUUGGAGAAGUGAAGGGAGUUAAGCUGUUUGAGGGCAGGAGAGAGAUAGCCAGCGGGAGUCAAUAGUUGUCUGCUGUGUAAAGCCAGGAUUACGGAGCAGACUACUAGGUUCGUCUGCAUGAGUGUGCACACGUGCAUACUCGAUACCACCACGCGCCAUCUACGACUCCUGUUGUACAGCCCACACAUGUGUUACAACAGGUUACACGCCGCUGGCAUCGGUGACACAAUCAAAAUAACAUAAUCACAUUCUGGAUCAUGACUCCGCUACGUAAUGAAGUAGAAUAGGCCCGUAUAAGUACUACGGCUGUGUUUACACAGUGGGGGGCGGUGGCGGUGGUGGUGGCGGCGGGCAGCAAUAAUUCUCCAGGGGAUCGCAAUGUUGAUCUUCAGGACAGAGAAUCAAGCAAGGCGAAU